AUGGCUGUCGUUAUUUCUUCAGAAGACAAUUACUUUUCGUCGUCUUCCCUGCGGCGCUCUGCUUCCCAAACAAAGUUCGACCCGUCUACCUUCAGCACCUCGACAAACAAGAUUCAUUCAAGCUACGACCCUUCCUCCAAGUCUUCCUCUGAAUCCGACGCCUCUUCUGUACCCUCAUCACCCAGAACAAUCCAUGCCGAAGCGACCGAUCUCUCUUACUCCUCUACCCCCGCCACCAAUCUCUCAAUAGCCUCCGACUUUGAUGACGCUCCGCCCCUCGACGACUCACCUGAGGAUCACUUUGGACUACCGCCCUUUUCAGAUGAAAAGUACUACAUGCAUCCCCAUCUCGGCUACGACAAUGACGAAGACGAUGGCGCCGUCGACAAGGCCCCUUCCGCCCAAUCCUACUGCGCCGUCGACGACUCGUCAGAGAGCACCUCUCGCCCUGAAACACCCGAGCUCGCCAAGCACGCCGAGGACGAUACCACCAUUGCUAGCAAGCCCUCGAGACAGGUCGACUACCUCUCUCACGACUGGAAGGAAGAGGACAUCUGGACCUCGUGGCGCUACAUUGUUACCCGCAGGGGCGAGGUAGCCAACUCGGCCCGUCUCGAGAAUGCUUCGUGGCGGACCUGGAUGAAGGCUAAGCACAACCUCAAGACCAUUUCCCCAGAGUCCCUCAAUUGGCUCAAGGACUGUGAUGUAACAUGGCUUUACGGACCUUUACAGUGCAAGCCCGGGCAUCUAUAUGGCACCCACACCGAACCCUGCAGCUCUGCCUUGUCCAAAACUGACUCUCUCAUCAACUUGCAAAAGAAGCCUAUUCUCAAGAAGAGAAGCAUGUCGGAAGUUAUGCUACAGCGUUCUAUUCUCUCCGCCUCCCUCCUUAAGCAGGCGGCUGCGGCGGUCCAUGCCCAGGAGCGCAGAGGCAUACUGACUAACAAGUCAAAGCCGGACGACUAUAUUGCCGUUCCCCUAUCAUCUCGUCACCUGAGCGUCACUAGCAACAGCACUGCCGAAUCAAUAGACUCGUCAGGUCUGUCAUCGCCCUGCAACGAGCGCAAGCACAUCCACUUUAAUGAAAAGGUUGAACAGUGUAUCGCCGUAGAGAUCAAGGGCGAUGACGAGGAUAUUGGCAUGGAGGCGUUCGAUGAUGGCGAACAGGACAGCGAUUCCGAUGACGGCUUUAUGAUGAAGCGGGUUAAAUCCAAGAAGCGCAGCAUCCCCGCUCGCAAGAUCAAGAGCAAGCGCAGCGCCGGCUGUGAGACGAUUGCCACACUACCCCCGACGACGCUCAAGUACCGUGGGGACACGCCAGAGCCUCUGGAGACGGCCAUGAAGCACAGCCGCAGCCCGAUUUUGUCACCGUCAUCUUCACAAGAGACGCUUCGCCCAACCAAACAGGCUAACCGCUUCUACUUUGGAGAGGAAGAUGACGAGGACAACGACACUUCGGUGAUUGGUUCCGGCUGGCGCUCACCACCCAUGGAGAGCGCACCGACUGAGUCGAGCGGCCUGCACCGUACAUCAUCGGGCAUGCUGAUGCCCUACGAGGCUGGUGAGAACCCCACCGGCGAGGGCAUCAUUGGUCGUGUCAUUGAUACCGUCAAUACGGCACGGGAUAUUGCUCACGUCAUCUGGAACGUGGGCUGGAGAAAAUGA